AUCAGUAACAGUGUAGGUUAAGCCACGUAAAGUGUGCUGUAUAUAUUUCGAGUACUGGUUUUGAUACCGGAGACCGUUUCAAAUGCAGAAUAAAACGCAAAACGCUUGGUGUCUUUGUUCGUUCUAACGAUGUUCGAGUCCGAAACCGUACGAAGUUUAACCUAAAAAUUAACUGGAAAAAGACAACCAUAGAUGAAAAAAAGGGUUCCGGUCAAAAGCGAAAAGGCGGUCGACUGACUCAACGCUGCCCUUCAUCAUUUAAUUACGAGGUUAUGUCUUCAUAGUGUUGCAAGUUAUAAGAAAAAGACAGAAAUGUCAGGGCUCACUACGAAUGCUCCUACCUCAGCAGACGCUUGUCUCAGCAUCGUACACAGCUUAAUGUGUCACCGACAAGGGGGCGAAAGCGAGGGUUUUGCUAAAAGGGCCAUUGAAUCUCUUGUUAAGAAACUAAAAGAAAAGAGGGACGAAUUAGAUUCACUUAUUACAGCCAUAACCACCAAUGGAGCUCAUCCAAGCAAAUGUGUUACUAUACAACGAACAUUAGAUGGAAGAUUACAGGUUGCUGGGCGUAAAGGUUUCCCACACGUGAUCUACGCAAGAAUUUGGCGAUGGCCAGAUUUGCAUAAAAACGAAUUAAAACAUGUCAAAUACUGUCAGUUUGCAUUCGAUUUAAAAUGCGAUUCGGUUUGUGUGAAUCCGUAUCAUUACGAGAGAGUUGUAUCGCCGGGAAUUGACUUAUCCGGGUUGACUUUGCAAACGGGACCUACGCGGCUUGUAAAAGAUGAGUACACUGCUGGAGGACCCGUACCAGGGGCGAGCAUGGAUGUUGACACUGAAUUAGGAGUUUCCGUCACUCAAACGAUACAACAUCAUCCACCUCAACAAAAUUUUCAAAUUCAAGGUCUCCCACAACCUCAAGGUAAUCCGGGAAUGUAUAACAACAGCCGACCUAUAGGACCACCACAGCCCGUUCCUAAACAAGAGGCACCAAAUGAUGCAUGUCCAAGACCCAAUUGGGUUCCACCACGCAUGCAUUUAGUACACCCACCUGUUCCUGUUCACCAACAUAACCUUCCAGGUCCAUCGCAAGUCCAACCGCCCACCUUACCACAUCAGCAACCUCAAAGCGCGUCAAAUACUACAUUACAUGGACAGGCUCAACCGUUUUACAAUCCUCCACAACCUUCUGGUGUUCCAGAACGAGCACCUGCUGAUACGAUGGCUCCAACAAUUGGUACAACGAGUUCUCCAGUAUCGCCUAAUCUUCAACAAAAUGGUUUUAACAGCACAACAGGCGGUCCCGUUGUAACAACAAGCAAUGUUGUUCCUGGUCAAGUAACACAGCCGGCAUCAACAAUGGGACAAAAUAAUUUUACGGGAACAGGAGGGACGUGGACGGGAUCAAAUACUUUAACUUACACACAAUCAAUGCAACCGCCAGAUAAUCGAAAUCAACAAAUGAAUUCUUAUUGGAAUCAUAAUAACGAAGUGAAUAUUUCCGGACCACUUUCAACUCAGCCAGCCCCUGAAUAUUGGUGUUCCGUCGCGUAUUUUGAACUUGACACUCAAGUUGGUGAAACAUUUAAAGUCCCAUCAAGUUGUCCAAAUGUUACGAUUGAUGGUUAUGUUGAUCCAUCUGGGGGAAAUCGAUUCUGUUUGGGUGCUUUGAGUAAUGUGCAUCGCACAGACCAUAGUGAAAGAGCUAGGUUACAUAUUGGAAAAGGGGUCCAAUUAGAUCUUCGAGGUGAAGGUGAUGUUUGGUUACGCUGUUUAAGUGAUCAUUCAGUUUUCGUUCAAAGUUACUAUUUAGAUCGAGAAGCGGGUCGACAACCAGGAGACGCUGUUCAUAAAAUUUAUCCCUCAGCUUACAUAAAAGUAUUUGACUUACGACAAUGUCAUCAUCAAAUAACAACUCAAGCUGCUACAGCUCAAGCAGCUGCUGCAGCUCAAGCGGCUGCUGUUGCUGGACAUAUACCUGGUCCACAUUCAGUUGGAGGAAUAGCGCCAGCUAUAAGUUUAUCAGCUGCAACUGGGAUAGGUGUUGACGAUUUGCGUAGAUUAUGUAUUCUUCGUUUGAGUUUUGUAAAAGGUUGGGGUCCGGAUUAUUUAAGGAAAUCAAUCAAGGAGACUCCGUGUUGGAUUGAGGUUCAUUUGCACAGAGCUUUACAACUUUUGGAUGAAGUUUUACAUACAAUGCCAAUAGAUGGAGCUCGAGGAGUUGAAUAAUAAUAAAAGUAUGGUGGAUCAUUAUCCGACGCGGAAUAAUCAAUAACAAAUAUAUUUUAAAAGAGAAGUGUAAAAAAAAAAGUCGGGAAAGGGCGUUUUCCGUGGGUAACAGCGCCAUCCGUCGGCGACGUCGAAAUUUUUUCUUUAUUUCAAAUCCUGUAAAAAUGCCGAAAAUACUUUUUUUUUUAUGAAGAAAUGUUUUUAUUUAAUUAUAAUUCGGUGCAGGCCCCCGUUGAAUAUUCUUUACGUUCCCAAGUUUCGGCGCACGACAGAUGGCUCUGUAGAUUUCAACUUUAUAUAUAUAUAGAAUAACGUUGAAGAAUAAAAAUAAAAGAAAGUUACAUGUAUAUCAUAAUCGUGUACGCUUAUAUUUUCUAUAUUUUUUUUAAUCAGUUUUUUUUACCAACCGGAAAUACAAUGUUACUACUACCUUGGAAAAUCUCCACAAUACAAGACAAAAAAACGGUGAACUGUGAUCGAAAAAUUUUAUAUAGAGAAAUAUAUUGUUCAUAAAAAAAAUUAUUCAUAAAUUUGUUCAUAAAGCAUAUGAGAUAUUAUAAAUAUUUAUAUCUAAGCGAUUUCUACCUGGUAACAUCGACGGAAAUACACGCAAGAUUUUUUUAUUUCUUGAUAUUAUUACUUAAUUAUGUUCGUUUCCUUUAUUUUUUAAAUAAACUCACUACACUCGUGAUAAAUCACAAAUAA